ACUAGUUCAAACAAAUAUUUACUGCUAAGAUUGAUACAGCUAUCAAAUGCUAAUGAAAGGGGAUGCGGAAUGCUUUCAUUUAUUGAAUUAAUGGAACACUAAAACAAUUAAUGGAACCCGUUUGCAUUUGCUGGAAGUUCUAUAAAAUGAAUGGAUUGGCGAAACAAGAUUGAUUUAGUCACAAUCUUCAUCUAACUGUGUGAUCGCUGAGAAAUUAAUCGUUAGAAAUGAAUCAGCCUGCAUUAUACCACAAAUCACAUCGGGCUCUCAAAGCAGACAUUGGAGAAAUUAUUGCAAAAAGUUUUGAGAAAUUUCAAUGGAGGGUGGAUGGAAAAGAUGCAUUGCUGGAUAUAGGUUCGGGUCCGGGAGAUGUCUUGAUGGAACAUAUUCUACCCCUUAUGCCAAGUGAAUUUUCGAGAGUCGUUUGUUCUGAUUUAUCUGAGGAUAUGGUGGAUUUUGCAAGAUCGUAUUAUGGUCAUGAAGAUGAGAGAUGUGAAUUUGAAGUUUUGGAUAUUGCCAUGAAAGUGGGACUUCCCGGUAACUUGCUGGGCCGAUUUGAUCAUAUAACAUCGGCUUUGUGUUUGCAUUGGGUUCAGGAUUAUAAAACCGCUUUGAAAAACAUUUACAAUUUUAUACGCCCCGAGGGAGGUGAUUGUCUGCUGAUUUUCAUGUCCACCCACAACAUUUUCGAUGCCUACAAUUACACGAGUCAAUUUUCCCGUUGGUCGGAAUACAUGAAAGAUUCAAAUCGUUGCAUAUCACCAUUGCAUUAUUCCAACGAUCCCAAGGGAGAUUUUAGCCAGCUGAUGGCGGAGAGUGGAUUUUGCGACAUUGCAAUUGAUAUUAAAUCGAGAAUAUUUGACUAUGGCAAUAUGGAGAAUUUAAAAGAAAAUGUCAAAUCCGUUUGUGGUACCUUAGAUCACAUUCCGAUUUCGUGUCAUUCGGAAUUUUUAAAUGAUUUUGUUGCCGUUAUGGUAGAAUAUGCAGCAAAUGCCAAGAGAAGCGAAGCCCAAACAAAAUAUAUAAUGAAAUAUGACCUAAUUGUAGCCUAUGGUCGAAAACCGCCAACUGAAACUAAAUAAAAUUAAUUAAACUAUCUAAAAGUAAGAAUGGCCUUAAUUAAAUUCAGGACGAGCAGUUGAUACUCUCCACCAUGAAGGAAUGUAAGCAGUAAGAGUAAGUUCAUAUGAACCCUCUCCAAAUUAUUUUGAAACGAAAUUUUUGAUUCCUAUCAAUCCUAAAGACUCCUUCAAGUGUCGAAUAUCUGGUGAUAGUCUGUUGAAAGUAACAUGGACCUAUUUAGAACAAUUUGUGUGCGAUACUAACAAUCAUAAAAAUAUGGUUUAAAACGAGGCGACACCCUAAAAAAUACCUAAAAUCGUGAAAAAAAAAACUAAAAACCUUAAAUUGAAUGAU